GUUAUGUUGCUGGGUUCUUGAGGGCGGAGGUGUUGGGUCUAGUCGCGCUGCCUUUCACUUCCCAGAGUCGCCUCCGUUUUCUAGCCCAGCACCCCCAGACUUCUCCGGGGUUCUCGGAUAGCAAAAACGGAUUUCAUUGAAUAUCUAGGGCAGAACAGUCCUGCAGACAGGCGGUUUGGAUCAAGCGAGCCAGUUCUCUGAACCUGAACAAUGACUGCUGAAUCAAGGGAUACUACAGAUUUCUCUCCCCAGGCUACCCAAGAGAUGGAAGGCAUAGUGAUAGUGAAAGUGGAGGAGGAUGAUGAGGAUGACCAUUUUCAAAGGCAACAAAACAACAUAGAAGUAUCACCACAAUUUCUUAGUCGUUCCACAACUAUGAAUGAGAGAGCCUUACUAUCAUCCUAUUUAGUUGCAUACCGAGUGGCAAAAGAGAAGAUGGCUCACACAGCUGCAGAAAAAAUUAUUCUCCCAGCAUGUAUGGAUAUGGUACGUACGAUUUUUGAUGAUAAAUCUGCUGACAAAUUAAGAACUAUACCUCUUAGUGAUAAUACAAUAUCUCGUCGAAUCUGUACUAUUGCAAAACAUUUAGAAGAAAUGCUUAUUACACGGCUACAGUCUGGUAUAGAUUUUGCAAUCCAGCUUGACGAGAGCACGGAUAUUGCAAGUUGUCCAGCACUUUUGGUUUAUGUCAGAUAUGUGUGGCAAGAUGAUUUUAUAGAGGAUCUGUUGUGUUGUUUAAAUUUAAGUUCACAAAGAACUGGAUUCGAUUUAUUUACCGAAUUAGAAAAGUGCAUUGUUGGCCAAUAUAAAUUAAACUGGAGAAACUGUAAAGGAAUUUCCAGUGAUGGAGCAGCAACUAUGACUGGAAAACAUAGCAUAGUUAUUGAGAAAUUGUUAGAAGCAACCCAUAACAGUGCUCCUUGGAAUCACUGUUUUAUUCAUCGGGAAGCUUUGGUAGCCAGUGAAAUUCCACCAAGUCUAAUGGAUGUACUGAAAAACGCAGUGAAAAUUGUGAAUUUUAUUAAAGGAAGCUCAUUGAACAGCCGACUUCUUGAAAUACUUUAUUCAGAGAUUGGAGUUAACCAUACCCACUUACUGUUUCAUACAGAAGUUCGUUGGUUGUCUCAAGGAAAUGUACUGAGUAGAGUAUAUGAACUCAGGAAUGAGGUUUACGUUUUUCUCACUGAAAAGCAAUCUCAUUGGGCAAAUAUUUUUAAAGAUGACAUUUGGGUGACAAAAUUGGCAUAUUUAAGUGAUAUUUUUGGCAUUCUUAAUGAAUUAAAUUUGAAACUACAGGGGAAAAAUUAUGAUAUAUUUCAGUAUCUUGAACAUAUCCUAGGAUUCCAAAAGACAUUACUGUUGUGGCAAGCAAGACUUAAAACUAAUCGCCCCAGCUACUAUAUGUUCCCAACAUUGUUACAACACAUUGAAGAGAACAUUAUUAAUGAAGACUGCUUAAAGGAAAUAAAAUUAGAGAUACUGUUGCAUCUCACUUCUUUGUCUCAAACCUUUAGUCAUUACUUCCCAGAAGAGAAAUUUGAAGUAUUAAAGGAAAAUCUUUGGGUGAAAAAUCCAUUUGCUUUUCAAACCCCAGAAUCAAUCAUUGAGUUAAACUUGGUGCCUGAAGAGGAGAAUGAGUUACUGCAGCUCAGUUCAUCAUUCACACUGAGGAGUUAUUUUAAGACACUAAGUUUAUCUGCAUUUUGGAUUAAGAUUAAGGAUGGAUUUCCAUUGCUAAGUACGAAGAGUAUAUUGCUGUUACUACCAUUCACAACUACCUGUUUGUGUGAACUCGGAUUUUCGAUCUUGACACGAUUAAAAACAAAGAAAAGGAAUCGGCUCAACAGUGCACCUGACAUGCGUGUGGCCUUAUCUUCAUGCAUUCCCGAUUGGAAUGAACUUAUGAACAGGCAAGCACACCCAUCACAUUAAAUACAAUCUUUACAAAUUUCUUCGUACUUUUUAGGCUUCUUACUGUAUACUGUAUUUAAAUAUUAAUAAAAUUAUACUUGCAAUUUAAUAGGUUUCAUUUUCCAAUAUAGGAAGCAUUGUUUCAUGAAACUUGUUUGAGCUACAUGAAUGUGUGUGUACAUGUAUAUAGGAUAGUGAUGUAAAAGAUAUUUCUAUGAAUUAUGGUCAAUUUUUAAAAAUAGUGCUUUUCACACCCUUAGUUUUAUACUCAGAUCUGUUCUGUCCACUGCCACUGUUUGUCCAGAACCCCAUUCUGGUUCUCACCUUCUAUGUCUCUGUGUGCUCUGCCUUUUUUGUUCUAACUCCAGAAAGCGAGUCUUGAUGCUAAUCAGGGGUUAACAUCAUCAUCAUCACCGGGCUUCUGUACACAUGGGUGUGUGUCGUAAUUGUAGCUAAUGAGAUAUGCAGGACAGUCUGUUGGAAGGUUGUUGUGAAGGUUCCCCCUACUGUCAAUAAAAGGGCACAAGAGAGGAGGUAACACUGACGGUAACAUAAUUUCUGACUCUCCCUAAACUGUUCCUUAAAA